AAAAGCAGUGUGCAGCAAGAGUGAAGGAGAACGGAGCACACAGUAAAGUGUACUCCCGCAAUACACACGCCACACAUACAUACACAGAAACACACACACACACACACACAGUGAGCGAUUGUGUUCGAAUAGUUUGUAGCCGUGUGUGCAUAGCGCGGCAGUUUGCAGCAGCAGCAUAGAAUUGGUCAUCUCGUUUGUGGCAGCCAGAAGCAGCAGCAGCAGCAGCAGCAGCAGACAUCGAAACACGCUCGAAGGGGGGUGAGGAAAGUUGUGUUCUGUCAGCUUGAGCAUUCUUCGCUGCCAUCACACACAUUUGUUCCGUGCGUUCGGCGCUGGCAGUACCCCGUGUCCCGUGUGUUUGUGUCCCGGUCAUCGGUCGGUGGCCGUCCGUCCUGCGUGUGUGCAAAGUGCAAAAACCGCCCCAAAAACAGUGAAAUAGUGUGCCACCGAACUGAAGCGGUGCGAAUUAGUGGUGAAGUGUUUUCCCUUUUCCCGUGUGGCCCAUCACGAAAGAACACGCGCGUGUCGUCUUCUAAACACCGUCGUCGUGUCGCUCUCUCUCUCACACAUACACAUACAGACACGACGUAUCGUACAAACGCACAGCUCGGCUAGGCCAACAAACCUUCUAAGGAGGUGUGUAACGGGUUUUCUUUUAACGCUAAUCUCGCUCUCUCUGGUCUGUUAGCCCACACCCAACACACACACACACCCCUGGUUAGCUCCCGUGCGCUUGGCCGCGGGACCUCUUGAAACAGCCUCAAAAUUACGACCGUAAACAUGACGAACAAGGUGCUGGCGGCGGUGCAGGACCUCCAGAAGCAGCAGCAGCAACAGCAGCAGCAACAACAGCAGCAGCAGCAGCAACAGCAGCAACAGCAGCAGCAGCAGAAUGGCGCAAACGGUGGCGGUGGUGGUGGUGGUGGUGAAGCAGGCCAAACGGUGGCCGGCGGUGCGGCGGGCGGCGGUGGCCAAAGCUCGGACAACAACUCGCGCACCAACCUGAUCGUGAACUAUCUGCCACAGACAAUGACGGAGGAAGAGAUCCGGUCGCUGUUCUCGAGCGUCGGCGAGGUGGAAAGCGUGAAGCUGGUGCGCGACAAGAACGUCAUCUACCCGGGGCAGCCGAAGGGGCAGAGCCUCGGGUACGGCUUCGUCAACUACCACCGGCCGCAGGAUGCCGAGCAGGCGGUGAACGUGCUGAACGGGCUGCGGUUACAGAACAAGGUGCUGAAGGUGUCGUUCGCCCGGCCCAGCUCGGAGGGCAUCAAGGGUGCGAACCUGUACAUCUCCGGCCUGCCGAAGACGAUCACGCAGGAGGAGCUGGAGACGAUCUUCCGGCCGUACGGCGAGAUCAUCACGUCGCGCGUCCUCAUCCAGGACGGCAACGACAAGCCGAAGGGCGUCGGCUUCAUCCGGUUCGAUCAGCGCAAGGAGGCGGAGCGGGCGAUCCAGGCGCUGAACGGUACCACGCCGAAGGGGCUGACCGAUCCGAUCACGGUCAAGUUCUCGAACACGCCGGGCCAGAAUGCGGCGGCCAAGGUGGUGCAGCCGGCCCUGCCCGCCUUCCUGAACCCGCAGCUGACGCGCCGGCUCGGCGCGAUUCACCAUCCGAUCAACAAGGGGCUGGCCCGGUUUUCGCCCAUGGGCGGGGAGGUGCUGGACAUGAUGCUGCCCGCCGCACCCGCCAACGGCUUGAACGUGGCCCCGUCCGGUGGCUGGAGCAUAUUCAUCUACAAUCUCGCACCGGAGACGGAAGAAAACACGCUGUGGCAGCUGUUCGGCCCGUUCGGUGCGGUGCAGAACGUGAAGGUCAUCAAGGAUGCGGCCACGAACCAGUGCAAGGGGUACGGGUUCGUGACGAUGACCAACUACGAGGAGGCGAUGCUGGCCAUCCGGUCCCUCAACGGCUACACGCUCGGUCAGCGCGUCCUGCAAGUCAGCUUCAAGACCAACAAGUCAAAUAUGCAACAUUAAAGGAUGGCAAACUGUUGGGCGCAAAUAGCAGGCAAAAAAUCAUUGAAACUGUAACAAAAAAAAAAACAAUCCAAAACCACACACUAUUAGCCGGACAGUAGAGAGCGAUUGGUGAGUGCGCGGGUGGCGAAGGUCUGGAGUGAAACCCCGUGAACCGCAGGUGUCCCAAGCAGCACCACCAGCAGCAGCAGCAGCAGCAGGUAAACCCCAUUAAACUAGCAUUUCGUCGAUAUGUUCGAAGCUGUACGCUCGAAGAAGAGAAGGGAAAAAUAGUAAACACUGAUAAAUCCCGCCACGCGUUUAAAAGCUUCAAACAGUACAGUCCUCUCACCCUCUAAUCAAAAUGCAAAAUGCAAGUGAGAGCACCGUUGCAAGUGUUUUGAAUUGGCGGUUAAGAAUCGGACCUACUUUCAUCAGGAUGGCAAUUAACAUCGGUGCAUCUGUACAAGGAAAGCAACACCUACACACAAGUGCUGCAGCGAGAGAGGGAGAGAGACAGAGAGGGUAGUGUGCAGGUAAACUUAAAUCUAGUCAAAAGUCCAGCAAUGGAAAGAAGCAACACGAAAGCGUCAGGUGACCUAACAUUGGAGACAAUUUAGAAGGAAUAAUAAUCCCCCGGCAGAAAGAGAGAGGGAGAGAGAGAGAGAGCAAGUGGCAUGCAGAGAUGAAACAUGCAAGAUAUGUUUUUUGCCUAUAUUUUAUAAACUCUAGGUUUUUUUAUAUAUAAAAAUAUUAUUAGUAUACUGUACACAGGAAAACAUGUGCAUUUUUCUAAACGUUUGCUACCAAAAAAAAAACAAGAUGGGUAAAUGGUAAUGAUAAACGAAAAACAUACACACCAGCCGACCACUCGAGGACAGCAGCAUAUACCAGAAGAAGGUAGUACAUCACAAAUGAGCUGAUUUAUAUUGAUAUCGUUGCAAUAGUGGUGUAAGGAAUAAUUUGAAAAACAAAAAACAAUCCUUCACCGGCACAUGCAAUAUAUACAUAUAUUAUUACCUUUCGUUUACUUAGGAAAAUGCUUUGAAAAACAAAGUGUGGACACACUGUUUGUUCGGCAGUGCAACCCCGUGUAACUCGAUUGUCGAAAUAGUCUAAUCAGUUUAGAACUAUGGCCCCGGUGGAUGAUAAAAGUAUAUGCAUAUAUGUAUAAACAGAUUGUAGGGGAGCGGAGGGAAUGCUGGAAUUAGGAGAAUUUUAUUUAUUUGCUUAACUUAUUUAUUUGGGAUAACUUGUAGGAAAAGCAAGAGGCGCAUAGACAAAUGCAUCACGUGUGCGUGGUAGGGGGUUUUAGAGGAAUUAAAGGGCUUGUCACGACACAACAUCCACUAUUACAUUUGCUGCUGCGUAAGGCGAAAGUACUGGAGAUCGCGAACCCACAGCAGGGGGGGUUCACACGGAAAUGGAAAGAUUAAAUGUGCGGUGUGUCUGAUUUUAAUUCAUCCCCGGACGACGUCAAACCAGUAAAACGAGCCUAAGAAAAUGUCCCUUUGGCAAAAAAAAGAGGAACAAUAUGGCAUACAAACACGAUUCAAAUCACAUAGCGGGAGAUAAGCAGUGUAUAACGGCAGCGUGUGCAGUAUAUACAGGGUUAUCCAGGAGUUCUCAUAGCUGUGGGACACUUUAUUGACGCUUUCUUGCGUGAAAUGAACUUAAUGUAAUGGCAAUUGCACUCUAUAGCACCCUUGUUGGACAAAUCCGAUAGGAAUUUCCAAGGAGCCUGUCCAAAAUGGGUGCCAUAGAAUCCAAUUACAAUCAUAUGUAGUUCACUUCCCAUAAGAAAGAGUCAAGGAAGUGUCCCACAACUAUGAGAACCCCCGGGAAAACCAUGUAAUGAUUACACCUAGUUCGUUUUCUUUGAACGGCAUAUUAUGAAUGCAGCACCACUGCUGAGCACAUUUAAUCGCUGAAAGACGUGGGCAUGGGCGCAUAUAUUACACACACUCUCUCUAUGAAGUUAGUAUGAGCAUAUUGCAUACCACAGCAAAUGGACACCACCACACCACACAUUUAACAGCUGAUCUCAAACAGACGCUAGUAUAAAAUGAUGUCAGCGUAAACGGUAGAGAAACUAAUGAAGGAGAGGGCUUGUAAUGCAUCGGCCAAAAAAAAAGGAGGCCGUUAUUAUAUAUGAAGCGCAGAACCCUUAAAUCCGAAGUAGUGGACAAGGCGCGCGCUAUGAGAUGAAAGCAGACAAACAGAAAGCAAAGAAAAAACAAAACAAACGAAAACUAAACAGAACGUACUUAAGUAAAAACAAACACGUACUAAAAAGCAAAGGAUUCCGCUGGUGAAACGCUGGUAGCGAAAACUUACUGUUCUUCCCCGUUAGGACAGAGAGAGAGAGAGAGAGAGAGAGCAAGGGAAAAAACCUAGAAGCACACAUUCAACCGUGUUCGCCAAUAUGUUUGCGGUGAAUGCGGUGAUCCUCUACUCCUCUCGAUUUGUCCAUCCAUUGAAUUUUUGAUCUCAACCAGAACGCGAGAGUCUCGAGAAUGUUUAAACAAACAAGUGGAAACGAUAGAAACAUUAUACUUUUAGUGUUAUGAAAACGGGAAAUGGCACAAACAGCUUUCUUCCCCUUCCUGAAGCACAUUACUCUAAUCUAGUCGAAAUGCUGAUGAAAGGGCAAGAAUUUAGAAGAACAGGUGAAAGAACAAAGAUGAGCGUGUAGGGAUGAAACCGAUAAAGAAAGCGGGGGGGAGAGAGAGAGAGGGAAAGCAUGAAGGACAAUGGAUCGUAAGCAUUCUAGUGUAAUCUACUUAUAUUGACUCCUUCGAACUGCUCGUGCUACUUUGAAUGUUGAAUCGCAGUGAGUAAAACCCACCACCUCCACGUUUGGAAACAUUAUUUGAGAUGCGACGACACAUGCAAAGCCUCGUCACGAGCAGGAACAGUUGUGUAUAAAAUUCCACGUUUUACUUGAUGAUGGAUAAAAAAAGGCAAACUUAGCAAAACCACGUACACACACACACAAAACACGAACGCUGCAAUGCAAAUGGAGAAAAUAUCGAUCUCAAUUGUGAAAUGAGCCGAUCUGGUCCCUUCCAACAGCAUCUCUAUGUUUAGUUUUACUUUUAUUCUCGCUCUCUUUCCCUCUCUUUUUGCGCUCUUUUGCGCGCAAAACCAGGCAAGCAAUCAAUCCGUUCGCGGCCAAACCACGUGGCCACAGAGUAGUUUACUUCUGCACGACUCAAUCUUCUAAUAACGUACCACUCCACUCUCUAGCAAGGAACUCGCACAGCGUGAAGCAUUUUGCGCUGGGGGGCCUUGCUCCGGCUGCAAAAAAAAAGAGCCGAGCUCUACUGGCUAAACCCUAGGACAGGACACUCUGAACCUUGGGCAAUUUAUUUUUUUUCUUUUUUUCCUUUUAGUUCGAUACCAAAAGUGGAAAAAAAGCAGCAGCAGCAAACAAACAAACAAAACACUCACACAUACCAGCCACAGUGUGUGUGUGUGUGUGUAACGCAGGCAACAAACCACAACAAAAAUGGUGUUGAACAUGAAUGAAUAUCGCACAGUAAUUUUUAAGCAAAGUGUUGAAACAAACCGAAUCCCUCCCUCCCUCCGCAGCGCAUUUUGUGGGCGAAAGCGCGGAAGGGAGAGGCAGUGAGGGGAAAAAUGUUAUAUAUGGUAUAUAAUUAUUAUUCUACAUGCAUAUUAUAUACAUGCUCCUUGCCCUCCCCCGACACCCGUUUGGAGGGGAGGGAAGCAGUUGUUUGGGAGGGGGCGGCAAACGUAUAGUCAAAGUGUGUGCUUGCGUGAGAAGGAAGGAAACAGGAAAGCAUGAAAACCAUGAAAUGAAAAUACUCUUUCUUAGUGAAAAACAACAUCCAAACCGCAGAACAAGCAGCAUAUGUAACGUAAAAAACAUAGUUUUGACGAUUAUUAAAGCAACAAUGGUCCUGAAAAGGGUUAGGAAAAAAUAGUAGAGAAAAGGAAAAAUCCUUGAAAAUAAUGGUAUUAUCCCCCCCCCCCCCCCUUUCUUCCCCCCUUCGUAGCAUAGACGUACUAAUUAGUAUUGAGAGCAGAUGGGAAUCGGAGGCAUCGAUGAGGAUGUGUUUGCUGCUUCGGUUUUUGGAAAACCGGAAAGGGCUAACUAAUGUAAGGGCAAACUGUGUUUAGAUAUAAAUUAUACACAUAAACACAUCCCCACACACACACACAUACAAAAGCACCCACUGCAGAGUUGGCAUUUGAUACCCGAAUUAAUCAAGCAUACAUUACGAACAAAAGCAAAUAAAUCAUGAUUAUUAUAUGUACAGUAAAAACACGCAAACGCAAUGAGCCAAACACAGCUCACAUACAAACACAACACUCACAUACAAGGUCAGGUACGGCCAGAACCCCCAGGAGCGAGCGAUAUACGGUGAAAAUGGGUAGCUUGUUUACUCUCUAGCAACAAAAUAGCCAAAUGUCCUGUUUGAGUUCCUUUUUCCUCUGUGAGUUAUCAAGCAAUCGAAAGAGCGAGAGCGAGAAAGGAAGACAUUCUACUCUUGUUGUUUCUUUUUUUUGGAAUGGGAUUGAAAUGUUACAUUUUUUUAAACAAUUGUUUUCAAUUGUUCUACGCCGAUUGUUGUUUGCUCCAACAAUUCACCAACAAUGGAAGUAGCGGAGUAUCGAAAUAUGCUCCCAGCUUCUCCCGAUGCCCCUAUUUAUACGCAUGCAGUGCACGAGAGUUUGUCAGUUAAAGUUUUGAUUUACUGAAACCUUCAAACGAUUCCAUUUAAAGCUGUGAUACGAAAACUCUUCUUUGUAAGCCACCUCCUCCUCCUCCUUCCCAACCAAAUUGCAUCCUCCGCUUGUAUAAGCAUGCGGAUGCUUUCAGCUCACAGUGUUCCGUUUCCCCGUGGAUGACUGGGGGGGGGGGGGGGGGGGGAGACUCAUCAUCAAUCCUGCCCACCGGUUCCACUCACAGGACCAGUGUUUUGUUCUGGUUUAGCGUUGUUUUCAUCAUUGUUUUUUUAUGAUUUGCUUUAUUUUGUUUUUUACUCUCUGGGGUAACUUUUUUCUCUCCCAAAAGUAUCCCUUUCAUCUCACCUGGCUUAUGCUUUUGCACCCUUUUUAUACUUUUGUCAAACUUUACUGUUUUUUUUUUUUUUAUGUUGCCUCAUUCUCUCUCUAACACUUCUAAGUGGUGGUGUUUCAAAACAACAAAAAAACAACAACAACAUUGGUACUUUUGUUUAGCUUUUCGUUUGUUUUGUGUUUUUUACUUUCUUAUGAGUUUUCAUUUUCUUUUAUCUUUUGCGACCAAAACUACUAAAAUGUGACAUCAUAUUACUUUAGUGCAUUGGGUUUUGUAACGAGGAAGAAUGUUUUAAGAUUGUAUUAGACAGCCCAAAGAAUGAAUCGAACCACAAGGGUCAAAAAAAGCACAGACACAGACGCUACUACAAACAAAGCAACUUGGAAUAACAGGAAAAAAAGUGGUGUAAACAAAUGAACAAGUGAAGUAGAUAAUAAGAAGAAAACACACAAGAAACGAUUACUCGAAACAGUAAAUAACCCGUUACAUAUACCAAAAACAACAGCAACAAAAAAGCAGGAAUCAGAAGAAAAAAAAAAAGAAAAAAAACUACAAAAGCAUUAUGCAAAGGAAGAUAGGAAGAGUGUCGUCCUAGGCAGGACGUUGUGGCGGCGCGCGAUGUUCAAUUCACAUUCGAUUCUACACAACACUUUCACGAUUCUCGUAAUAUUACCCGGGCCCUCCCUUUUAGUUAAUGCUUUAGUUUGUAACACAAAACUUUUUGUUUAUUUAGCGUGAAAAUCAAUGUCUAAUCCUAUUCGUGUGUAUUAACGUUUUCGUGAGUUUCGUUUGCAAUUAUGGUUAAGGGGAUUUAUCAUCGAGUUUUAUGAUUUUUAUUUUUAUUUUUUCUUUACACAUUACGAUGCGUGUCAGUCUUUUCUUUUUUUUUAAACAGAUAUAUUAUUUUUUCCAACUAUGAUGGUACCCACUGUCUGUGCGCUAUGGGGGUUUAAGAUUUCUUAGUGCAUAAAUGUGAGGAGUGGUAAAAGAGGGCCAGCAGCGUGUGUUAGCGACACAGCAUGGAGCUCUUUUAAUAGCAAGUAAUGAUAGAGGAAGAAGAACGAGAGGUGUGUGCAAUAGAAUGUUCUUUAGUUUCCGUCAUAUACACUGCUACUCUAUUACUACUACUAGUAUACUAUUACUACUACUCCUACUGCAAACAACUACCUACUCUGCCGCUUUUAAUCUUAUCCAAUCUAAUUAUUUAUCGAUACCAUCUGUGUAGUAUAAGGUAUUAGUGUUUAUUUUGCUCUCCUCAUCAUUUCGAAGCCGAACACAUUGGCGCUUGGGCUUUCCAAGGGAAUAUUGUUCUGAGGAUUGACGCGAAUGUGGAGAAGAAGAAAUGUGCAUGUGUGUAUGCGCGCGCGCGCACGAUAGAGUAACAUUGAUUGGUUUGAUUUUUGUUUGUGUUUAAUUUUCUUUUCUUUCUUUCCUUUCUCACUAAUUUACAAGAUGCUAGAGAGUGUGUGACUAUUUAUGGUAAAAAAUAUUAUUAUUUUUAUUGCGAAAUAAAUCGAUAUAUUUUAUCCAGCAGCCCUGUGCUGUGUACGCUGGGGAUGUUUGCAAGAUUUUCUUUUAUUAUUAUUUAUAGUCCUACAUACACCCACACAAACACACUGAAGUGUCCAAUCUGGGACGUGCAGUAGUAACAAGCAAUAGUGAAAAAUAGAAAGCGAGCGAGAGCAGAUGAGUGAGAUUCGGGCAACAAGAAGCAGCAAGAGGCAUUACUAACUGAUUCCUUACUAAUAAUAUUGUAGUUUUUUGCAAGCAAAAGCCCAAGUAUCACAGCUGUGUGUACACAAGUGAGCUACGGGGGGGGGGGGGGGGCAACCGUCCCCCGCACCAUAACUUCCAGCACAAUAUAAGUCACGAAUUUAAAAUGAGUGUGAACAUGUUCAAAAUAGCACUGGAAAUGCAUGGAAGUUUGCAACGAACCACACACCACCGUCGUAUUUGGAGCGGUUCAUACAGAAUAGAGAGAGUGAGAGAGAGUUUGGUUUGGGUUUUUGUACAAUUUUCUUCUAAAAAUCCGUUUCCGUUCCAUUUUUUCAACCCGAUGUUCUUCUACUAUGUAAAUAAUUUUAAAUUAUUAUAAACCCAACAGCCCAACAAUCCAAAUAGCUCGAUGGCGGGAUGGGGGAGAAUAAUCAAACUCUAAGCUGGCAAAAAAAGGCAAACAUAGAAAACACAACCCACACAGCCCACAGAAAACAAGAAAAAAUACAGCAAAACGCCAGGGGAAAAGAAAUAAUACACCUUCAUAUAUAUCAUAAUAGAGCAGCAGCAAAACAACAGAAGCUAAGAGAAAAAUAGAGCGAAUAGGUGUGGCGGCGAGGAGUCCCUGAUAACCUGGCAAGAGAAGCAGCCGAUUAAAAAAAAAGGAAAAAAGGGAAGAAAAGCAAACAACAGAACAAAAAUAAAAAUCUUAUUAUUUAAGUA